AUGUGGAUUACGUCAUUUUUGAAGAUCCUGCCAACUUUGCUGAGCUUGCAGUGCAGUCACCUGCGCAAUCUACAACACCAUUUGAAUUAUAAGAGGUGGGCUGCGAAGGUUUUGAUGCUGUUAGAAUCCAAAGAUGUGGAUUACGUCAUUUUUGAAGAUCCUGCCAACUUUGUUGAGCUUGCAGUGCAGUCACCUGCGCAAUCUACAACACCAGCGACCUCCAAGGAUUCGACUGAUCCUAAGUCGACAACUGCUCCAUCAGAACCGAUAUCAACACCUGCGCCUGCAGAGGAUAAUAAAACAGCUCGCGCAACCAUACUGCAGCGAGUUAAUAAUGCGCUGUUCAACAUGUUCGCACCGCACAAAUCUGCGAAAUUGAUCUGGGAACUACUGAAGCAAAAAUAUGGUGUUGAUGACGUUGGAAGGCGAAAGUACACUGUGAAUCGAUGGCUGCACUUCAACAUGACAGACGCUAAACCCGACACUGAACAGGUACAUGACUUCGAGAAUCUUGUAGCUGAUAUGAAAGCAGAAGGGGCUUUGGUGAACGAUGCCUUCCUGACUGACUCGCUGGUUGACAAAUUGCCUGAUUCGUGGCUGGACUUCAAGAACAAAACGAAGCACGAACUGAAGAACCAGACCCUACAGGAGCUGAUCAAUACUAUAAAUAUCGAAGAAGAGAACCGUAUGGUUCAAAAAACUAGUAAUUUUUCUGAAAACCUUAAAUCUAAUGUGGUUGAAACAAGUGGUGGUUUUGAUAGGUCAAAGACUGGCGAAAGUGCCAGAAAUCAAAAGAAGAACUCAAAACCAAACAACAAAAAUCGUCCAAAAAAUGGGAAAAUUCAGAAAAAAAAAAAAAAAAGAAGGAAGAAACAACACUAA